AUUUGGAAGGUUUUAGUUUUAACCCUUUUAGUGCCAGGGAUAAAAUCAAACCCAUGUUGAAAAGUGCUGAGUUAUAUUUUGUGUGAUUAUGCGAAAAGUGCCAGAGGAUUUUGGCCAAAAACGCAAGGUUUUAGAAAAAAUGUACAUAAAAUUUAUUUUUGAUCAUAAAACUCUCCUCUUUACCUUUUUUUAAAGAUCUCUAAGAUGGGAAGAAUCUUUCUGGACCAUAUUGGAGGUAUGCGUUUAUUUUCCUGCGCCUCUUGUGGCACGAUAUUGACAAACCGAAGUGAGUUGAUUAGCACAAGAUUCACUGGAGCAACUGGCAGGGCUUUCCUUUUCAACAAGGUGGUCAAUCUUAAUUACAGUGAGGUACAAGAUAGAGUGAUGCUGACGGGACGUCACAUGGUGCGGGAUGUCUCCUGUAAGAACUGUGAUGCCAAGCUCGGCUGGAUCUAUGAGUUCGCCACAGAAGAGAACCAACGCUACAAGGAAGGCCGAGUGAUCCUUGAACGAGCUCUUGUUAUGGAGAGCGAUGGCAUCGAUGAACAUAUGGGCGACGACUAAACUCUCACCUUUAACGUGCUGAAGUGAAUAACUGUACAAAUUGUUACUUGAUAUAAAAGUCUAGUGAUUUUUUACAAGACUGUUUAUUGAUGUUAUAUACUAGUCUAUUAAGCGAUUUUAUAUGAAGCUAGUGAUAAAUGUCUUCUCUGAGGAAUGUGAUUGCUCCAUCCAUAUUUAAUCAAAUUUAGUAUUUAUUUCAAUAGUUCAGAAUUUAAGUUUGUUCGUUGCCAUUAUUAUAGCUUACUGUAGACUGAAUUCAAAGCAAUGUUUAAAUAUGUUUUUGUAAGUUGUUGCAGUUUAAGUAAUGUGUUCAGUAAUAAAAAUAUUUUUAUAAGUGUGUGUUAAAUUAUAAACAUAUUAUAUAAAACCUUUAUGGUUAUCUUACAAGGCAUCAUUCAAAUAGUUUGAAUGAAGUCAAAUUUCCUGCUAAGCCCCUACACUCAACCAUAUGUUACAUCAGAUUUCAUGUUAAGCCUCGAACUGACGGUGUCUGCUCCUGAACUGGCACCCUAUUUUUAGUCUUUUGUAAGAAGUAGUACAAGAACUACAAACUACAAGAAUGUUAUAUACCUCUCAAAAUUCUUUAGACAUACAACUUAUUAUAUAUCAUUAUUUUCAGAAUAUUCCAAAUAAUAAUAAUAAUAAAUUAUACUCAUUAAUAUUUUCUUAUUGCCAAAAACGAUUUCUGUGUUUGAAUGCACUAGAUAUGAAUUUUUUAAUACUUUAUAACUUUGCACUAUCUUAUCAUAUAUGUAUGAAAAAUUUACAAAAAAUCCAAAAUGUACAAAAGAAGCACGAUUUUAUCCUUACCCAAAAUAUAUAUAGUUUUAGUGGCUUUAUUUUAAAAUAUGUUUACUUUUUUAGCAAUUUUUGAACAUCCACUAAGAAUGUAUUUUCACCCAUUUGUUCAUUGGAUUUACAACACUGGAAAUUCAACCUAUAUAUGGCUUAUUAUAUAUCAUUAUUUGCAGAAUAUUCCAAAUAAUAAAUUAUCUUCAUUAACAUAUUUUUACUUUAACAAAAAUUUUGUUGUUUCAAUAUUCUUGAUAAGAAUUUUUUUAAAUUUGUUAUAACUUUGCACUAUCUCAUCAUUUCUAUGUGAAAGGUUUAUAUAAAUUCCAAAUGAUACAAAAGGAACAUAAUUUUAUACUUUAAAAAAAUUAUAUAUAGUUUUGGCUCUUUUAUUUAAAAACCAUUGUAUUCUCAGCAUUUUGUUACAAUUACAGUUGCUUUACAACACUGAAAUUUAACUUAAAUGUGACUUAUUAUAUAUCAUUGUUUUCAGGAAAACUAAAGGAAUAAUGCCUGCAAUUAUUGUUGUUAUAGUUCUUUUAUUCACAAAAAAUUUAACCUUGAUAAGGAUGAUGUUCCAAUUCAGCUAAUAGUUCUCUCAAAUCACUAGAUUUGUUCCUAAAAUUAAGUGUGACUUCAUCAGCCAUAUUACUAAUAACCAAAACAAAAUAUAAGCUAUAAAUAAAUCAAUUAGCCAGACACCAAAACACAACAAUUAAUUGUAGACAUAACUAAUAAGACAGUCAGUUCGGUCAGCAGGUCACAGUCAAAACAGUUGCUUGCACAAGACGUUUCUUCUAACCAUACAAUGAGGAAUAAAAUUUGAUUUAUUGAGUAAUGAUAUGCCUGAAUCGAUAGCUUGAUUAUUCUGCCAUGGAUUGAUGUUCGGUUUUAAACCGAAACAUCGAAAAUACACAAAUAAUAACCAAUUUCCGGAAUGUCUGCUUACUGCCGGCAGUGCCAGUAUGCGAGUGGUCUAACUGCCGUAUAUACAGCAGUUGCCAUUUAGAGGGUUAAUAUGAAUAGCUCAGAAGAUGCUUUAAAAAGUAUUUUAUUUAAAAUCUUUUUUAGUUUUAAUCAUAUGAAAAAUUCCAUCACUUAGGUCUGGUUUUAAUGAAUUCUUAAGCAAGAAUGUAUUUGUAUUAAAUUUGAUACCUUACUCAUAAUUUUGUUGCAAUUUAAUAAUGAGUUCCGUUGUGUCGGUUCUUUGUUAUUGAUGUUUUUAUUGCCUGUUCUGUCUAACUUAUGUGCCAACGUUUUGACUAUUAUUUAUCUACCAGGACAACACAAAGUAAACAAAUAUACCCUAUAAUACAACAAGAAUAAUUGAUAAAUAAGAGAGAACUCCUUCCGAAGCUCAUUUAUUUAAUCAAAUAAACAACCACUACCUUAGGUUAUCUUUGGUAACCAAAUCUAUCAUGUCCUCUACUGGUAAACAUCAACUAUUAACCUCCACAAAAUCAUACUAUAACUCAAGUCAAUAGUGGCAUUAAUCAAAUUGACUUAUCCCUAAUUAAUUACAAUAUUAUUAGUGUAGUCUUAUGAAGAAAUAGACAAUUAAGGUCCUAUUUGUGUGAAACCCAAAGGGGAAAGUUGUAUUGACCCUAGACUCAUGAACUACUUUUAGCUUCGUUAACUCGUGAGAAAUUAUCAGGUCACAUUUUUCUUAUAUGGUUUUGUCAUUCAAUAAAACAUGGAAAAUAUACAUAAACAUACAAAAUAUGAAAAUAUUUACAAAAGUUGUAAACUUCUUGUUUGCACGUGCUUGUUCAAGCUGCAAACUUUGAAUCAUUAGGUGAAGACAAUCCAUUGAAAUGCUCAUCUUGACCAAUAUAGAAAUAUCAAUAUUAAAAAGAAAAAAAAAAACCAGAAAUUAAUAGUCUUUUGUUAAAUUCUUCUCAAAUUUUUGAGAUUACUGUGGGUGUGUAAACCAAAUGAAAAGGAUUGGAAAUUCUCCUGAGGAAUGUGGUAAUAUUUCAUCAAGUAAAUGCUGUAGUUAACAUUGGAACAAAAUUCACGCAAACAAACAUUAGAACGUCAAUUAAAUUAAAUUAAAGUGUGUCACUUGGUUGGUGCGAUCUUCACCACCAACUUUGGUAAAGUUGGUUUCAUAGUGUUAAGUUAUGUCAUCACAUUAGUAUUAUGAUUCUAGUUGGACCUGUCUUGGUUCGGAUAAAUUAAUAGAUUUAAUUUUUAAUUGAUUUAAUUAUAUAUAUUAUUAAUAAUUUUUAUACAUAACAUUUUAACCUACAUUAUAAUUAUGCGUGUAAAUUAAAAUGGUUUAUGGAAAUUAUGCUAUUGUUCUAAGUUAACUUUAAGAACAACUGCACAGAACUGCAUACGAAGCAAGGAAAUUGAACAGUUGAUUUCUGUUAGAUUUUAAUGAUAAUGAGUAACUAUUAUAUGUUUUCACCAACA